GGAGCAGCGGCGACUCCGGGGGCCGGGGCCACGGCUCUGCGAGCUUCGGCGUGAGGCCGCCGCGGGCCCCGUCUUCCGGCGGCCGCCCGAGUUUGUGGUGAUUGUUGCCGCCGCCGCCGCCACCGCCCCGGCUGCCGUCUCCUCCUCCUCCUCCUCCUCCUCCUCCUGGGCCGGGCCGAUCCCCUCCCCGCUGCCGCCUCCUCCUGGGCUGGGCCCGCGGUGUCUCGUCCCCUCGCGGAGCCGCCGCCGCCGCCGCCUCAUUCAUCCUCGUGCACCAUAGGCGGCACAGGCACCAAGAUGUCCAACCGAGUGGUCUGCCGGGAAGCCAGUCACGCCGGGAGCUGGUACACAGCCUCAGGACCGCAGCUGAAUGCCCAGCUAGAAGGUUGGCUUUCACAAGUACAGUCUACAAAAAGACCUGCUAGAGCCAUUAUUGCACCCCGGAGAGUUUUCAUCCUUGGGCCUUCUCAUCAUGUGCCCCUUUCUCGCUGUGCACUCUCCAGUGUGGACAUAUAUAGGACACCUCUGUAUGACCUUCGUAUUGACCAAAAGAUUUACGGAGAACUAUGGAAGACAGGAAUGUUUGAACGCAUGUCUCUGCAGACAGAUGAAGAUGAACACAGUAUUGAAAUGCAUUUGCCUUAUACAGCUAAAGCCAUGGAAAGCCAUAAGGAUGAGUUUACCAUUAUUCCUGUAUUGGUUGGAGCUCUGAGUGAGUCAAAAGAACAGGAAUUCGGAAAACUCUUCAGUAAAUACCUAGCGGAUCCUAGUAAUCUCUUUGUGGUUUCUUCUGAUUUCUGCCAUUGGGGUCAAAGGUUCCGUUACAGUUACUAUGAUGAAUCCCAGGGGGAGAUUUAUAGAUCCAUUGAACAUCUAGAUAAAAUGGGUAUGAGUAUUAUAGAACAAUUAGAUCCUGUAUCUUUUAGCAAUUACUUGAAGAAAUACCAUAAUACUAUAUGUGGAAGACAUCCCAUUGGGGUGUUAUUAAAUGCUAUCACAGAGCUGCAGAAGAAUGGAAUGAAUAUGAGUUUUUCCUUUUUGAAUUAUGCCCAGUCCAGCCAGUGUAGAAACUGGCAAGACAGUUCAGUGAGUUAUGCAGCUGGAGCACUCACGGUUCACUGAAGCUCUGAAUCCUCAGGAAUGCCAUCUGCACAUACUCACACUCUGUCCAGGGUCCCAGCCUAACCCUUACCAAGAUACUGGUCCUGGUUUGGGGGGAUUCUGAAACCUCAAACUAAUAGAACUUUCUUCUCUUCUUUUCUAGUAGGUGUAGUCCUUCCUUAAUUUCAACUCAUUAAAAAAAAUGCUUUAUAGUUUAGAGCAGUGGAAGGAACGCUGGCAUCAAAAUAUUUUGAUCAAAAAAAAACAGGCAAUGUAAAGGCACAGUUGUGGCAGUCAGUUUUUUGAAAGUAACUUGUAAAGCAUUUACCAUAUCCUAAUUUGCACUCUUUGCAGACUUGUGCACAUAUACUCUGCUUUCAGAAUAGUUUUGCAAAUUGUACACAAACAAACAAAAAGGGUGGAAGCUUUUUAAUAAAGAAGUUGCAUUUAUAAAUGAUCUGUAAUAGAAUAUAAAAUUCUCCAGUUAUAGUCAAUUACUACCCGUAUUGUACAACAGAUACCUUCUAUUUUAGUUGCUAAUAAAGGGCUACACAACUCAAAA